GCUAAUGAGGUGGUUAUUACAUAAAACCGGGGUUUGAUUAAUUGGGACCAAGAGCAUGUCGUGAUGAUCCAUUUCAGUCGGAGCUGUUGCUGUUACUCCCCUCGUGAUGGGGCAAUCAUCAUCGGGAUCACAUUCAUGAUCUGUUCCACCGUGGCUCUUCUCUUAGAGAUAGGACUUAUUGUCGAAUGGUCGGACAUCAAAGACAACAUGAAUGAGCACCUUCGGCAUUUUACAUACCCUUUGAUUCUCGUGAGCUUCGUCUUAAGUUUCACUUCAUUGAUUUUCUCAAUCUUAUUACUCAGUGGGGUUAAGCGGGGAAAGAGUGCGUUUCUAAUACCGUGGCUCAUUUGGUCCGUUCUGUAUUUGUUCAUUGGUUUGGCUAGUUCCACCUACGAGAUCUGGACUGGAGGAGGAUCUCUCACCAUCAAAAUCAUCCUCCCUAUAACAUACGCUUUAGUGCAUGGGUUCUGGGGCUAUUCUAUUCUAUGCGUAUAUUCCUACUAUGGGGAGCUACGGCAGGGCGAAAAAGAUAAGGAACACGACGACAAAGAAGCCGAGUAUUGCUCUGACCGCAACAACCACCAUGAGAGUGGAUUUGAGCCAGAACCUUCCGAGAAGGAUAUCAUCUAUCUCGAUGAUUUGUUUCAUCCCAAGAUCCAUCCCCAUGACGUGUGGAGGGUAGACAAUGAGGGCUACGAUAAUCCGUAUGGAUACACUGCAAACCAACGCACAAGUACUCGAGGAAAGCGGAAGAAAAAAACGUUUACCAUGUGAUUUUGAUGUAUCGACAUAAUGUAGUUGUAAUGAAGAAACUUAGAAACCAA